AUGUUUUUAAUUAAGAAUGCAAUAUUUUUGACAAUAUGUGUAAUUUUUACUACGACAACGGCGUACGAAAUAUCUGACAUAGCCUCUGCAAGAAUUGAGAGCUGUAGAGGUUGUUCUCUAAAUCGUCUGCCUGAAGUGAAAAAGUUCGUAAUGGAAGACGCACCCAAUUACGAGAAACUGGAUGUUAAAUUUAUAACUGGGGCGGAGCCGGAACUUAUAUUACUGGACGAAAGUGAUAAUGAACUGGAAAGGCUGCGGCUUUCACAUUUGUCUCGUUCUGAAUGCAAUGAGCUAAUACAAAGCAAAGGUUUUUACAAAAAAGAUAAAAAAACCGAAUUUUAA